GAAAAAAAACAAUCACUGAGAAGUCUCAAAGAAAUAUACCACGUGAGGGGAAAAAACUGGGAGAAGAUCCGGAAUAUUAUCGUUUUUCCUAUGGUAAAACCGGUGCCCCUCUUCAGGAGAACUGAUUUCAAAUUAUUAUUAUGCAACCACAAGGAUCUCUUCUUUCUCAGGGUGUCUAAGCUGCUGGAUUGCUUUUCGCCCAAAUCAAUGUGGUUUCUUUGGAACAUUUUCAGCAAAGGAACGCAUAUGCUGCAGUGUCUUUGUGGCAAGAGUCUUAAGAAAAACAAGAACCCAACUGAUCCCCAGCUCAAGGGUAUAGUGACCAGGUUAUAUUGCAGGCAAGGUUACUACUUGCAAAUGCACCCCGAUGGAGCUCUCGAUGGGACCAAGGAUGACAGCACUAAUUCUACACUGUUCAACCUCAUACCAGUGGGACUGCGCGUUGUUGCCAUCCAGGGCGUGAAGACAGGGUUGUAUAUAGCCAUGAAUGGAGAAGGUUACCUCUACCCAUCAGAACUUUUUACCCCUGAAUGCAAGUUUAAAGAAUCUGUUUUUGAAAACUAUUAUGUAAUCUACUCAUCCAUGCUGUAUAGACAACAGGAAUCUGGUAGAGCCUGGUUUUUGGGAUUAAAUAAGGAAGGGCAAGCUAUGAAAGGAAACAGAGUAAAGAAAACAAAACCAGCAGCUCAUUUUUUACCCAAGCCAUUGGAAGUCGCCAUGUACCGAGAACCAUCUUUGCAUGAUGUUGGAGAAACGGUCCCGAAGGCUGGGGUGACCCCAAGUAAAAGCACAAGUGCAUCGGCAAUAAUGAAUGGAGGCAAACCAGUGAAUAAGAGUAAGACAACAUAGCCAGAUCCUCACAGGUGUUGGUUGUGACUUAUUCAUCCCGCGCACAGUUGAGCGAUUUAUCCUAACCAGACACUCCUGCUCCUGUGGCCGAGGGGCAGCUGGAAGCGAGCCAAUGCUUUCUCUUUGCUGUCUCAGAACUUCUGUGUUGCAAGUGGAUAAAUCUCGAGCUGUUGCCCUCCCCCUACAACAAGAAGACACCUGGAUAACCAGCUAAACUCAGACCAUGGAAUGCCCUACCAGAUAUGGAAUGCCUUUUUAAUAUCUUUUCUGUGACUGUGACACUUCAUGUGAAUGACAUACUUCACAAAGUACACUUGAUACCUUGCCUGCUGACAGUUACCCAUAAUCCUUUUUGAGUCCUGUUUCAGCGAAAUCCAUGUGUUUAAGUUCAAUUUUGUAGCACACCGAUAAUAUUGAGUAAUUUCUAGUUAGCCGCUGUACAACCUGUGCUAUUAUGGAUUUCUCUUCUUCCCCGUUUUUACAGGGCUGCUCGCUCCCCUGUCUGUGACCUUUUGCAGGGAUUGUAUUCCUCUAAAUCUCAAAUGUUGUAGUUGGCUUAGUUCGGAGAGCAGUCACGGAAUCAGGAAGACUUCUAAACCUAUUACUCCAAAUUGCAUCUAUAAAGAUUAAAAUUGUGGUCUCUGGCUCCCACUCUUGAUGAAACACACAUAUAUGUUGUAUUCAAGUAGCAGAUACUGCGCCCUGAGGUCAGCAGUGGCGGGGAGGCAUAUGGGUCAAACACACUCCAGUGACAAGCUCUCUUGGAGAUGUGUUUGACAUCUCCCUAUAGUUUCUCUGUGUGUGUGUGUGUGUUUUAUACAUAUCACAAGCUUACUGGUAAUGGUAACAUUUGCCUUGCCCAGCGAGCAAGACCCACUAGUUUUUGCAAAAGUGGGUCCAAAGAACUCUGUAGGCCUUGUAGGCCUGAUUAAGGCUCAUUUUUCAUCUACUAAUCCUUAUUAUUUGGGGGGGGUGGGAAGAAACAGGAGAAACCAGUAAUUCCAGCCAUCAGAAUUACACUCCCUUAAUCCAUUUCCGAUGUAAUCCUUCCUGUUUUUAAUGAUCUGAACUCAAUGCCAUCCCCGUUUUUGGCUGUUUCCCACUCAUACUCAGCAGAGCAUGGGCAAGGCGGCUGUUGUGUUCUUUUUCUGCAGCAGCAAUGCAAACGUUAGUUAUAAAUUAGCCUUUAAUAUUUUUUGGUGUUUAAUGACAAGUUUUUAAACUGGACAUACUAGGGAAAAAUAUAUUUAUUUUAUUUUCUUUUUUAGCUCAGCAUGCUGAGUCUGGUACUGUGUAUUUCACCAGUACAUACCUCUGGCAGCCCUGAAGGACCCUCAUGCCCACUGGCUGGCUCAGAGGUGCCUUGCCAUGAUCUCAGAAUACAUUCUGUUGAAUCAUCAUCCUAAGGUAAAAACAAAGGCAAACCAACAUAUUCAAACAUCAGGGUUUUGGUCCAUUCAAUUUAUUUGCUUCUGUUUCAUUCGCUUCCUUACUUUUCCAUUUAGCACUGUUGAGCUCUGAGCUUAGUGAAGACUAUUAAGAAAAGCCAUGGAUAGUUGCCUAUACAGUGGAGACACCAUACAAAAAUGUUCAACAUUAGAGAUAGAGUUUCAAAAUGUUUAAUAUGAAACUUUUUGGAAUAUAUUUGUUAUUUCUGUGUAUACUUAAUAAAAAAAAAUCAAUGCUUCUUUCUCAGAAGAGUUAAUUCAAACCAAACCGAACCUCAUUCAUGGAAAACUGUAUGUGGUAUCAUUGUAUUGGCCUCUUGAUAUUAAUAUCAUGCGGAAGGAUGACCCAGCCACCAUUUCUGCACUGUAUUUACUGGGAAAUUAUUUUGUCACUGCGUUCAUAAAUCUCCAUGGCAGCUCCUUGCCCAGCGUUUACCAAUUCCGGCCUGCUUAGCUGAUUAAAGGUUUAGUAUAAAUUUAACUGUUUAUGCUUAUUUCAUUUUCAUAUUGGAUUUCAUUUUAAUAAAUAAAAAAGUUAGC